GUGGGGGUUGCUGGAUUUGUUUCGGACUCCCUGGUUUUCUGGGGUUUUUGUUUGGUUGUCUGAAAAUGUGAAGUUUCAUUCUUCUACGGGAUUGAAACCUGGAAUUUGUUUUGGGAUCUUAUAUGCUCUCUCAUUUUCUGUGAUGUUGAUGUGUUGAAUUGUUUCUGAUUUGAAUCUUGGUGGUUUUGAGUUUCAGUGGUCAGACUCGGAAUAAAAUUAGGGUUUGACUGAUUAAGGUUUAAGGUCAGAGGGGAACCGGAUUUUUCUUUGGUCUUUUUCCCCUUUUCCCUUCUUUUGGACGUAGUCUUGGAGUUCUUGUUAAAGUUCUGGGUGUUAAUGGAAGAAUCUCUGAUUCAGAGUGUUUGAAUGUUUGGAAUAAAGUAAAGCCUCCUGGGUCCAGCCAAAGUUUGGAAUGUCGUUGAUUCUAUGCGGUUUUUCCCUCCUCAAAUUAGGGUUUUGAUUUUCGAAAGCAGAGAUGGGCUAACACCUGCGUUCGAGUUGCGCUGUGGCUGGUUUUCAUUUCUGGACUUCUCACGUCGAAGAUUGAUCUUGUGAGGAGCAUUUCAAUCAAUGCAUCUUUCACUAUGGAAGCCUAUAUCCCACUGUGCGUCCUUAAUCCUUGACAAGAAGAGUAGGAGGAGAGAUGGAUUGGAUUUGACGGAGGAAAGCAGCAAGGGCAAACCUUCGAUCCUCCGGCAGUUACAGGAGAACAAGCUCAGGGAGGCUCUUGAGGAAGCAUCAGAAGAUGGGUCACUCGUCAAAUCGCAAGAUAUGGAUUCUGAGUCCUUCUCCAAUCAAGAUGGGAGCUUCGGCAGGUCGAGAUCACUCGCCAGACUCCACGCACAACGGGAGUUCCUUCGUGCCACCUCCCUUGCUGCUGAACGAACCUUCGAGACUGAAGACUCCAUUCCCGACAUCCAUGAAGCCUUCUCCAAGUUCCUCACCAUGUACCCCAAGUUUCAAUGUUCCGAGAAGAUCGACCAGUUGAGAUCGGACGAGUACGGGCACCUCUCUGAUUUGGUUGCCAAGGUAUGUCUUGAUUACUGUGGCUUUGGGCUCUUUUCUUAUCUUCAGACCCUUCAGUAUUGGGAGUCUUGUGCCUUUAGCCUUUCUGAGAUAACUGCAAACUUGAGCAACCAUGCUCUCUAUGGUGGAGCCGAUAAAGGCACUGCGGAACACGAUAUAAAGACUAGGAUAAUGGAUUACUUGAACAUCCCUGAGAAUGAAUACGGCCUUGUGUUCACUGUCAGUAGAGGUUCUGCUUUUAAAUUGUUAGCAGAAUCAUAUCCUUUCCAGACGAACAAGAAGUUGCUGACAAUGUUUGACUAUGAGAGCCAGUCUGUGAACUGGAUGGCUCAGAGUGCGAAAGAGAAAGGUGCUAAGACUUACAGUGCUUGGUUUAAGUGGCCGACAUUGAAACUUUGCUCCAUGGAGCUGAAAAAGCAAAUCUCCAACAAAAAAAGGAGGAAGAAGGAUUCUGCAGUUGGGCUUUUCGUGUUCCCUGUCCAGUCGAGGGUCACUGGAGCCAAGUAUUCUUACCAAUGGAUGGCGCUGGCGCAGCAGAACAAUUGGCAUGUCUUGCUUGAUGCUGGGUCGUUGGGUCCCAAGGACAUGGAUUCACUCGGCUUGUCUCUCUUCCGGCCAGAUUUUAUCAUAACAUCGUUUUACAGGGUAUUUGGGUCUGAUCCUACUGGCUUUGGUUGUCUCCUGAUUAAGAAAUCUGUCAUGGGAAGCUUGCAAAGUCAGUGUGUGAACACUGGGUCUGGGAUGGUGAGGAUUGUGCCUGUUUACCCUCAGUACUUGAGUGAUUCGGUGGAUGAUCUGGACGGAUUGACCGGAAUUAAAGAUGAAGGGAUGGACGAUAAUGAAGAAUUGACACCUGAAACUCACCGUGGUUUACAAUUGCCUGCUUUUUCUGGUGCAUUCACUUCUGCACAGGUGAGGGAUGUGUUUGAGACCGAGAUGGAGCAAGAUAACAGUUCUGACAGGGAUGGUGCAAGCACAAUAUUUGAAGAAGCUGAGAGCAUUUCUGUUGGAGAAGUAAUGAGGAGCCCUGUUUUCAGUGAAGAUGAGUCAUCGGACAACUUAUUUUGGAUUGAUUUGGGUCAGAGCCCAUUUGGAUCUGACCAUUCUGGCCAGUUGAACAAAACAAAGCCAGGCUCUCCAUUACCACCCUCAUGGUUUACUGGCAGGAAAAACCAUAAUAGGAUGUCUCCCAAACCAGCAUCAAUGAUGUCUAGGAGUCCAAUCUACGAUGACUGUAGAGUAAAUCUCAGACCACAUGAAGAGCAUGUUUUGUCAUUUGAUGCGGCUGUAUUAUCAGUCUCACAGGAAUUAGAUCGUGUUAAGGAAGUACCUGAAGAGGAACAGUUUUCUGAAACAGAUCCAACUUCACAGAAUGGCGGAAAGGAUGCGGAUUUUCAUCAUGUUAGUGAGAUUGAGGAAGAAUCAACUCUAUCUGGUUCUAGGUUGUAUUCUACUGCAAAUGGAUCUGCACUCAAAGAUUCUUCUUCAGGUGUUAAGCAUGGUAGCCAUCAAAAUGGCUCAAACCCUGAAGUAUGCAAAGAGACCAAGGAAAGUGCAAUAAGGAGAGAAACAGAAGGCGAUUUUAGGUUGCUGGGAAGGAGGGAAGGUACCAGAUUUGGUGGAGGUAGAUUCUUUGGGGUGGAGGAGAAUGAAAGAGUUAUGAGCAUGGGUCGGAGGGUAUCCUUCAGCAUGGAGGACAGCCAUAAAGAACAUCGAAGUCAUAUCCUUGAGCCUGGAGAAGUUUCUGCGACAACACUUGGUGAUGACGAAUUAUUGAGUGAUGGAGAAGAUGAGGAUGGCCUAGAGUGGGAUAGAAGAGAACCUGAGAUAAUAUGCCAUCAUCUUGACCAUGUUAAUAUGUUGGGUCUCAACAAAACUACCCUCAGAUUGCGGUACCUGAUCAAUUGGCUCGUGACCUCAUUACUGCAACUUCAGUUUUCCAGUUCAGAUGGUAGUAUGGGAAAGCAUCUUGUUCACAUCUAUGGCCCAAAGAUCAAAUAUGAAAGGGGUGCAGCUGUGGCUUUCAAUGUGAGACACUGUAAUGGGGGGUUAAUUAGCCCAGAACUUGUUCAGAGGCUAGCGGAUAAACAUGGCAUAUCUCUGGGCAUUGGUUUCCUUAGUCAUAUACGGGUUGUGGACAGCCUGAAACAGCAUAGUGGGUCCUUAGACCUAGAUGACACUGCCUUGUGCAGACCAAUGAUGAAUGGCUGCCAAGACGGUAAAAAUGCAUUCCAUCGGGUUGAGGUUGUUACCGCAUCCCUUAGCUUUUUAACUAAUUUCCAAGAUGUGUAUAAGAUGUGGGCAUUUGUGGCCAAGUUUCUUAACCCUUCGUUUGUUGAAGGGGACAGACUACCCACUGUCCCUGAGGGUUCAGAAACAUAAUCUAUGCUGGUGGUAUAGAUGUUUUGUUUCAAGUUUAAAGUGAGAUAGACCCCCACGGCUGCGAAACCCUUCUCAUCUUUUCUGGGGAAAAGAGAUGAUGAGCAUUCUUUGUGGUGCACUUUCUGGGACUACCAGGGGGUUGGAUAUCCGGAACAGUCUUCUGAUAUUCCUGAAGAGGUUUUCCAUGAGCGGGUGGAUUUGUUUAUUCUUGGUUUUUUUUUUCUUCCUUAUUUGGUAUGUAUUUUUCUCGGGUUCAUGUAGAGUUUGCUUUAGAAAUGUGUAUCAUCUCAAGCAGACUUUGGAACUGGAUGCAUAAUGAAAUGGGCAGCAAUCAAGUUCC